AUAAGUUCCUUCUCCCCCUUUUCCCUUCGUAUUCUGCUGCAACUUUCUUGCCUUCUUCCUUCUUCUCGUAUAUAAAUCAACCCCUCGAUUAAUUUCAGGUCACUGGUCAGCCUUCUUCCUUAAACCCAUUACCUGCACUCUGCUCAGAGCACAGUCGAGCUUCGCAUUCGAGGCAUCAGCUGUGUCUAUCAUUCGAGGCAUCAGCUCAGUGCUCACCAUCUGCAGUCUGGUGAACAGAGUCUCCCUCAGUCCCUCUCCAGAUUACAGAUGGAUGGUGCUACUGAAAAUUGUGCUUUGAAUGCGAAUGAUCCUACUGUGCCUUCUAAUCAAAACGGUAAUGGUAAUGGUAAUGGUAAUGGUAAUGGUAAUGGCAAUGUUAAUGGUAAUGGUUCUGGGAAUGAUGCUAAUGGUUCUGGGAAUGAUGGUAAUGGUUCUGGGAAUGAUGCUAAUGGUUCUGGGAAUGAAAAUGUUGAAAUAAUUCUGGCUGAAGAUCGUAAAUUGACUUCUGAUGUCUGGCCACAUUUUGUGAGGGUCAAGUUUAAUGGGGAGAUUAAAGCCAAGUGUAAAUACUGUCGAAAACGUUUAGGUGGUGAUACUAGUAAUGGAACCUCCCACUUGAGGAACCAUUACAAAACUUGCACCCAAAGAAAGAUACAUGAUGGUAGGCAGAGAGUUCUUGGUCCUGAUUAUAAACCAACUGGAAAACCCCUCCUAUCUGCUACUCAAUUCAAUUCUGAUGUGUCUAGGAAGGAAUUGUGCUCUAUGAUUAUGGUGCAUGAGUAUCCCCUGAACAUUGUUGAACAUGUGGGGUUUAAACGUUUCUGUUGUUCUUUGCAACCCCAGUUCACUGUCCCUUGUAGAAAUACAGUGAAGAGGGACAUAUUUGCUUUAUAUGGGGCUGAGAUGGCAAAGCUUCAGAAGGUUUUAGAUGGUAAUAUUGGUAGAGUUGCAGUCACAACUGAUAUGUGGACUGCAACUAACCAAAAGAUGGGGUAUAUGGCCGUUACUGGUCAUUUUAUUGACAAUUCUUGGAAACUUAAAAACAUGAUGUUGAGUUUCAUCUAUGUCCCUGCCCCUCAUACUAGUAAGAGGUUGGGAGAUAGGUUGUUCAAGUGUUUGCUUGGUUGGAAUCUUGAUAGAAAGUUGUCCUCGAUUACCUUGGAUAACUGUACCACCAAUGAUGCCAUGAUUACUCAUAUGAAAACUAAACUUGCUAGUGAUGAUCUGUUGUUGGAUGGUGUGCUGGUUCAAAUGAGAUGUUCUGCUCAUGUUUUGAAUCUCAUUGUGAAAGAAGGGUUGGAAGUCAUCAAAGAUGGCAUUGAAUUGGUUAGAGAUAGUGUUGUGUACUGGAAGUCCACUCCUAAGAGGGUACAAACCUUCUUUGAAACUGCUAAGCAGCUUAAAGUGCCUUGUGAGAAGCAACUUGUGCUUGAUUGUCCAACUAGGUGGAACUCCACCUAUGAUAUGCUAUCUACAGCCAUUGUGUAUAGAGAUGUUUUCUCUCGUUUGAGGCAGUGGGAUAGUCAAUACACCACUGUCCCUACUAGUAUGCACUGGGAGUUUGCUGCUAUGGUCAUUGAUAAGCUGGAAAUUUUCAGUGAGAUCACAAAGCUGUUUUCUGGCAGCAAGUAUCCCACUGCUAAUUUGUUUUUCCCCAAGGUUUGUGAUCUGAGACUGAAAUUGUUGGAAUGGUGUGCUGAUACCAAUUCUCUUAUCUCGGCUAUGGCUGAGAGUAUGUGGGAGAAAUUUUCUAAGUAUUGGGAUGAUAUACACUUGGUUCUCGCUGUGUCAGUGGUUCUUGAUCCUAGAUACAAGUUGCAUGUGAUUGAGUAUUAUGCUGCUAAGUUUGGCAGUACUAAUACUGACUUGGUGGCUGAUAAGAUUAAGCAAUGUAUUUGUGGUUUGGUGCUUGAUUACCAAACCAAGUCUGAGAGGAACAAUUCUGGUUCUUCAACUGCUUAUGAUAGUUCUUCUACUCCUGCAAAUGAUGAUCUUGAUUUUGAACUGUUUGUGAGUCGGAGGAAAAAAAGCAAAGCAACUCUGGUCCAUACUGAACUGGAUCACUAUCUUCUUGAGGAACUGAUUCCUAAAAGGUCUCCUGACUUUGAUAUACUGAUGUGGUGGAAACUGAAUGGCCUUAAGUACCCCACUUUGCAAGCAAUUGCAAGGGAUUUCUUGGCCAUACCAAUUACAUCAGUGGCUUCUGAAUCUGCUUUUAGCUCUGGUGGGAGGUUAAUAGACCCUCAUCGGAGUAGAUUGCACUAUGAUACAAUAGAGGCAAUGAUGUGUACCAGAAGUUGGAUUAUGGAGGAAAUGCAACAAGAAUCAUCGAAGGCUGCUGUAGAGGCAAUGGAAGGGGUGUUCUCUGCUCUAGCAAUUUCAGAUUCCAGUACUGAAGAUCAAGACGAAGCUGUUCAGGGGGGACUUGUGAUGAGGAAGCAUCUAAUAUCCCUAGACGACUGAUUUGUUCAAUGCAAUGAAAGGU